AUGGCGGAUCUAUCAAGAUUCUUUCCUGGCCUUCUGUCGAAUACGACUGGGACGUCGGAUCAAACCAACGUCACUUCAGGAGGAGGUCAGCCCGAGCCACAGACGGCUCCGCAGCUUCCAGAUGGAGAAGACAAGCUGCCAUCCGGGCUUCUCAAUCCGUUUUCCUUCCUCUCGGGAUCAAGCACUCCUCCCCCUCCCCCGACCUCCACUCCUGCUGCGAGCAGUGCUCCAGAGUCCGGCGGUGCUGCUAUCCUUGCCAUGCUGCAGGGUGGGAUGAGCUCGAGUGAGGCCCCGAGUGCUGAGGACGCGAAAGUCGCUCAGGUUGUGCCCAGUCAAGCGAAGCAGGAAGCGUGUGAUACUGCUGCAUGCGAUGACAAGCUCAUCUCCUUGUGCAAGGGUGAAGCCUUCCAUGACGUCCUCACAAGAGACCCCAGUCUCCGCAAGCAAACCAAGGCAACCGCUAUCACUAUCUACAACACAGAGCCUGGGUAUCGCACGGGGCGACUGAUCGCUGUGAACUCGAAGUACAUCUGCUACGGAGUGCGAGGAGGUAGCAUUCGCGUCAUCCAUCAAAGCACGGGAAAGCGCCUGCUGCAGAAGGGGCACACUACCUCUGAGCUCGCCGACAUCGCAAUACAUGGCGAGAACGACAGGAGCCUUCUAGCGUCUGUGUGCGAAGCAGGGCACUUGUUCGUGUGGGAGAUCUUCAUGGAUGACUCCGAUGAAGUUCGUGCGACUGAGGUGUACAGGAACGACAGUGGCUCCGAACUCUUCAAGAGGGUCCUCUGGCAUCCUUCCCUCCCCGUCUUGUUGACUGGUGGAGCUGGGAAUACAUCCAAAGUUCAGCUCAUCCGAGGGAUCAGCCCAGGCUCGUCGCCUGUUAUCGACUUGCUGGCAGAGCACACGGUCACUGUGAACGGUUUGACCUGGGUCUGUGCGCAAGGGGAUGCCGAGAAGGAUCAGUUUGCAUCGGCAGGAUCAGACGGGAAAGUAGUUGUAUCGGAUCUCAGCGGGAACCAAUUGACAAGCUUCUCUCCGUUUGAUGGAGGAUCUGUUCAGUGCGUCAUGGCUGUCUGUUCGAAGGAUGUUGGUCGAUCGUAUCUCAUCACCGGCAAUGAUGGAAACAGAAGCAUCAAGCUGUGGGACCAGCACGGGACUAUCUGCUACCACACCCUCACCUUCCGUGUUCCUUCCCCGGAACUUUUCAAGGCGACGGUGGACGUGGAUCCCUUGCACGACUUCAUGGUUGUUGCCAACACUGUCACAUCAGCAGGAGGAAGCAAGUCUCAGGACAGCUGGUCUGUCUUCACCAUCCACAUCAACACUGAAGCCUCCGAGCCCUCCUUUGGCUGCAUGUGUGAGUUCGAGGUCAUUUACCCCAUCCUCAGCUGCACGCUGCGGAGAGACGCUUCCCUGGACGCCAACUCAGACCCUCAGGAGCGGGAGAUGCACUUAUACUGCAUGCAGACCAAGGCGAUUCAACAGUAUCACUUCCGACCCGACCAGUGCUGCAUGCUGCCCGCCCACAGGAGCUCCGCGAGUAUCCUCCCAGGCGAGCCCUUUGAAGCCUCCAAGAAAGAGGCGCGCCCUCCCCAGAAUGUCCCCGUCAUCCCCUACCCUAUGGCUUCUUCUCCUGUCACGGCAGAGUCCGCGGGCGAUGGUGCGGACAAGGUCGGCCAGGACCCUCCCGCCUUCCUGAAGCCAGAAGCGUUUACAGCUGAUGCGAAUCGAAGCAAGGGCGCAGGAAUCCUUGAUGUCUCCCAGGCGCAGGCGAAGGGUGAGCCACAGCAGCAUUACCCCGCUCUCAUGGAAGACAGAGCAGACGAGAGGCCGAUGGGGGCUGACGGCUCCGCCUUGUCAAGUGCGGAUCUGGAGGCGAAGCUGAGCAGAAGACUGGAGGGGAUGUUGAAAACUUCGAUGGACUCGUUCCUGGCCAAGAUUGAGAAGGAGAACAAGGAGAGGAAGGCGAAGGAGAGGGAUGAGAUGAAGAAAGCGAUCGAAACAGCAACCCAAAAGCUGGCGAGUCAGUUGGAGGAGAAGCUCUCCAAGAAUCUGACGGAAACUCUCACCAAGAACUUCCAGCGGGAGCUGGGAAGCUCGUUGAAGACGCAGCUGCCUGCGGCUCUAGACGUGCAAUCGCGCUCGCCACAGCACUUGGACUCCAUGAAGGCUAUCUUCGCCCAGGCGCUACAGCCGAUGUUGGACAAGGCCAUGAAGGUAACGGCUGACAAAACCGUCGCAGCGCUGAAGCCAGCGAUCCAAGAGAGCUUCCGAGCCUCGUUUCAGAGCAGCAUCAUCCCCGGGUUUGAGACUUCUUGCCAGCGGAUGUUCGAGCAGAUCAACAACACCUUCGAACGAGGCACUGCUGAGAGGAUGGAGGCAGAGAGGAAGCAGGUGGCGGCGGCGAAUCAGAUGCAGCAGCUUGAGUCUGCCAUCGACCGUCUGUCCAUCAAGCUCUCUGAGCUUGAAGCGAAGGCUGCUUCUGCUUCGCUUGGAUCUCUCCAGGCUCAACCCCGACAGCAGCAGCAGCAGCAGCAGCAAGAACAGCAGUCAGCCGCACAGCUCGCCGCCUCUCUGACAGAGAUGCUGCGCCAGGAGCAGUACGAGGAAGCAUUCUCCAAGGUUCUCUCCAUGUCGGAUCUGAAACUUGUCACGUGGCUCUGCCAGAGCUUGGAUCCUCGCCAUGUCUUUGCAAAGCGUCCUCGUGCUCUGAGUGGUCCAGUCGUCUUGUCGCUGGUCCAGCAGCUGGGGUUUGACAUGAAGACCGACGCCGCGCUCAAGGUCGCAUGGCUCAGAGAUGCCUGCGCGUCCCUCGACACUAAGGACCCCAAAAUUGGACAUCACGUGGUCAGCAUCCUGCGGGACUUGCAGCUGAAGUUCGCAGCGAUGGAGAGAGCGCCGGAGGAGCAUCCCAUCACCCACGACAACGACUUUCGUAUCCUCACACACAUCCUGCGAUCCAUUGUUGGAUGA